AGCUUCUUGGACAAGUCUUUUUGCCCAGCUGUCAGGUAGCUGAGAGGGCAUUUGUUUGUCCAAAGCACUGGAGGAAAUGGAAAUGGCAGACUAUAGUGACACCCUGGACCCAGCCUACACCACAUUGGAGUUUGAAAACAUGCAAGUGCUCUCCAUGGGCACAGGUGAGUCAGAGUCAUACGUUGCCUGGUUGAACUUUGAGACUUUUGGCUACUAAACGUUUGGACAGAGGGUUUUAGUUGAUGUUAUCAAGAGUAGCUGUCAUUUGCCCAUCUUGUAUUGGAUGCAAAAGGAUGAGAAUGUGAUUCUUUCCUGAUAAUAUGAUCACCUCUUGUUGCAGUAGUAAAACAUUCAGGGGUUUUGGACAAUACACUUAAUGCAUCUGGAUGAUUUGGUGGUGAAACAAUUGUUUGGUAGAGAAUUACCUUAUCCUGUUUAACUUGUACUGUUAUGGUAUAUUGGUCAUAUUUCACCUAAGAUAGAGUUACAACGAAUAGAUAUUCAUUCUCGGCGAUAGUGACUUAAGUGACAUGGACAUCCAUCUCUUGUUACCUACAUCUAUGUUCCCACGCAUUUUGAGGUCCAUACAAUGAGAAAAGCGUUUCUCAGAGUUCUUUGACAGCAUGAUAGGCUUUUUGAAAGUGAAACAUUGGCCUUUCUAGUCUCCCAUGACGUUUGGCCGUGAACUUGAUUCUGAAAUGAAACAAUUUCCUCUGAGGAAGAAAAGGCAAUGACCCUUGAAAGAUAAUCACAUUGCAUGGCCAAUAUCAUCUUUGCUAGCCCUUACUAAUUGUACUGGCUUAUCCACAUAAAUAUUCCGAUUUUUUAUGAUACGUAAACAGCAUACAGUUCAAUUGUAUAUGUGUUGUUUAUUUCAACAAUAAAUGUUUUUACUAGUGUAAUUACAGCUUUACUACACAGGUAUAACUAAGAGUAACUUAAUGUAAAGUGUUAGCAGAAACGUUCCAUACUGUAUGAUUGAUUGAACCAGUCAUCUCAUUGAUGACUUUGAGGGAGGGUGAGACUGAGAUUAAGACUGUCUGUCUCCAGUGAUUGCCUUUUCUGAGGUAAUCAAGCCUAGAUCAGUUACUGUUUACCUUGACUGGGCUUUCAGCUACUACUCAGAUAGGCAGUAUAUACUACUGUAAUAGACCAUAGCCUGAUCAGAGCCGUAUUAGCCCAUUUGAUCAAUCAGCAAUGACACUGACUGACUUUAAUGUAAUCACUUGAUGCCUGUCGUUCUCACCUUUUAAAUGAAACCAGUAUGUUAAGUUAAUGACUGAAUAUAAUAUUCAGUCAUUCUAUUGACCAAUUAGUCAAUAAAUGAGGACUGAGAGAGCUAAGAGUAGAAACGUGACUUUUUCACAUUUUAUAGCAGUAACAAAUAUUUCAGGAUCACAUAACAUUUCCUUCAGUUCUAUCCCUUCUAACUGUUUUCAACUAGUCACUCCACACCAUCCAUCCCUAUCCUCACAGGAUACCUUCCACCAAGUUCCAAGCUGUGAAUUAUUUCAUACAGUCGUCAAAAAUGUCUAGUAACUACUAAUACCACUGCACACAUACAUAUCCUCUUUCCUAAGUCAAACAUUGAUGACCCAAAGACCUCCUGACCUGAUGAGGAAGAUUGAAUUUAUAUAGCACUUUUCCACAGCUCAAAAUGCUUUACAUAAUGUAGCACCCACAAUAUCUCUCUGUCUGUUGUUUCAGACUCCUCACCGGCUGAGAGUGCCAACAUGAACACAGCCAACCACCUCGGGGCGACCGCCCUGUGUGCCAUCUGUGGGGACAGGGCCACGGGCAAGCACUACGGGGCCUCUAGCUGUGACGGCUGCAAAGGCUUUUUCCGCCGGAGUGUUCGCAAAAACCACAUGUACUCAUGCAGGUGAGGAUCAGGCUUACAGUACAUUAUACACAAGGGUAAACAAAAGAACCACCAUAUUCUGGUCUAUUUGGUAAGAAUAAUGACAAAGUUGCAAUUGCUGAUUUAUGCCUCUAGAGCCAGAGAUAACAAUGAAAGCAUGACAUACAGAUGGUUGCAAUAAUGAUACUGACAUAUUCAACAACAGUUUUCUCUCUACUGCAACACAAUUCAUCAUAAAGCCUUCUUCUAACUCCCUUCUCCAGGUUCAACAGACAGUGCAUUGUGGACAAAGACAAAAGGAAUCAAUGCAGAUACUGUCGAUUGAAGAAAUGCUUUCGAGCUGGCAUGAAAAAAGAAGGUAUACAAUUAAUUCCACUUCAUUCAAAUGGUAAUUUAUAAGAGUGAAAGAGUGAAAAAAUGAUUGAGAUGAUUGAGAUGACUGAGAUGAUUGAGAUGAUUGAGAUGAUUGGAGAUGAUUGGAGAUGACUGAGAUGAUUGAGAUGAUUGAGAUGAUUGGAGAUGAUUGAGAUGAUUGAGAUGACUGAGAUGAUUGAGAUGAUUGAGAUGAUUGGAGAUGAUUGAGAUGAUUGGAGAUGACUGAGAUGAUUGAGAUGAUUGAGAUGAUUGGAGAUGAUUGAGAUGACUGAGAUGAUUGAGAUGAUUGAGAUGAUUGAGAUGAUUGAGAUGAUUGAGAUGAUUGAGAUGACUGAGAUGAUUGAGAUGAUUGAGAUGAUUGGAGAUGAUUGAGAUGAUUGGAGAUGACUGAGAUGAUUGAGAUGAUUGAGAUGAUUGGAGAUGAUUGAGAUGACUGAGAUGAUUGAGAUGAUUGAGAUGAUUGAGAUGAUUGAGAUGAUUGAGAUGAUUGAGAUGACUGAGAUGAUUGAGAUGAUUGAGAUGAUUGAGAUGAUUGAGAUUGAGGUAGUACGUAUUAUGCUCAAUCUCUACUUUUUGUACAAGAAUGUGAUGACACUAGCAGUUAUUAUUUCAUAAUCUCUGGUAAAGGAUAUCCUAGAACUAGAACGUCCCAUUGUUAUCAGCCAGUCCCUAUCAUAGUGUUGUAGAGCCAAGCAGAGCCUUGUCAUGAGGUAUGUUGCAAGAGCCAGGAGACCAGCACUUUGUUAAUGUUGACUCCAUGAUGCACUGAAGUCUAUGACCGGCUUAUGCUAAGCAAACAGUUCUGUGGGGGAAUUAUAGCCACACAUACUGAUAAACACAUCUACCUUGGGAGACUUUUGUCUCCCUCAGAGUCAAUGCUAAUAUGAGUCAAUGAUAAUAUCCCCCUAAGAAUUAUUAAAGACUGUCAGAUAAUAUUGUAUGCACCGUUGAUUACAUGUGUUUUACUGUGUAUGAAAGGAAUGGCAUAUUUGAGUUGUAUGACUUUGUAGGUUUGUCAAGUUGAGUCAGAAUGACAGUAUGGGGAGUGUUUUGACUGAACAGUUUCUGGUGAACAAUAGAUAAUAAAAUAUAUACUCUAUUCUGAUAGCCACGGUUUAUUUGUUUCUCAGCUGUACAGAACGAAAGAGACAGAAUCAGCACCAGGAGAUCUAGCUAUGAAGACAGCAGUUUACCAUCUAUCAAUGCACUCAUCCAGGCAGAUGUACUCUCAAGACAGGUAAGGCCCAUGGAUAUGGCUAUUUCGAUCGACAUCAUGUAAGCAUUUUAAAGUAAUUUUUAAUUGCCCCAGAGGGGGUAAAAAGUUGUAUUGAACGGAAUGGAAUUGAAUUUAUUUGGGUUAAAUAAGUGGUGUUUAUAAUUAGGGCACACAUUUAUUUAUUAUUGUGUGUGUGUGUGUGUGUGUGUGUGUGCGUGCGUGUGUGUAGAUAUCCUCACCUGGGCCCAUACUGAAUGGUGACAUCAGGACGAAAAAGAUAGCGACCAUCACAGAUGUGUGUGAAUCAAUGAAACAGCAGCUGCUGGUGCUGGUAGAAUGGGCCAAGUACAUCCCUGCCUUCUGUGAUCUGCCUCUGGAUGACCAGGUAAGACAUUGCACUAGACUUUACAGUGAUAGACUAAGGUUGGACUAAACCAUACUACUCUCAUUCUAGGGUAUUGCACUUUAUGGCCCAUUUUGUCUUGGACUAAAAAGCCUGCAAUAUAGGGCAGGAAACCAGUCUGAUAGAUAAUGAAAGUAUUUUAUUUAACCUUUAUUUAACCAGGCAAGUCAAUUAAGAACAACAAUUAUAUUUACAAUGGGGGCUUAGCAAGAUGCAAAAGGCCUCCUGUGGGGACAGGGGCUGGGAUAAAAAAUAAUGUAGGAGUUAAAUAUAAGUAUUAUUGUCAUUCUUAAAAAUAACAACUUAAAGCUAUGUGUCCAGGGAAUAUACAUCUUUCCAAUCAGCAUUUUGAGUAGGGAGUGCUGCUGCGGUUUUUAAAGACCUCAGAAUCCAAAGAAGUGGUUAAUGUAUUUGAAUCACCAGUUAGAAUAUGAUGAGCUGGUUUGAAAGUUCUAUCUGUGCUCAGAACCAUUCCAGAAUCAUUAACACCAUGAUCACCAGGGCUUGGUAACUGAUUUGCUGAUGUUGAAUUAGUGAGGGAUCCAACAAGUGUAUCUUCACACACUUACUUGACUCUGGUCAGCUCUUCAGUGACCUAAAAGGUGGUGGGAAAGCUUCCUUGUUUAAUGGUUAGGUAUAAGUGGCAUAAGUGGUAUAAUAUUUCCAGGGUUGGGUAGGUUACUUUCUAAAUGUAAUCCGUUACAUUUACUAGUUAUCUGUCCAAAAUUGUAAUCAGUAACGUGUAACGUCAUCAGAUUACUUUCAGUUACUUUUUGAUUACUUUCCCCUUAAGAGGCAUUAGAAGAAGACAAAAAGAAAUCCAUCAAACUGUGAAGAUAUUCCUCCUAAACAUAAUUACAGGGCUCUUCUGUAAAAGAGACCUUGGUCUCAGCAUGACUCCCUGCUGCUAAAGGUUCAAUACAUUUUUUUAAAUAAAUCAAAUGCAUUUGGUGUGUCAUCAUAGUGGUCUCUGACUUGUGGUCAGACUCGCUCAGGUGGAACAAACAAAAACUUUCUCAAUGCUGAAUUCAAUGUAAUUGAGAAAACAGAAAGGUGUCAUAAUGUAUUCUUUCCACAAACAUCCUUUCUGAAUGUAAAAGUAAUCCAAGAAGUAAUCAUCUAGUUUUUCACAAGUAUUUGUAAUCCGAUUACAAUAUUUUUUGCUGAUAACAUAACUGAUUCCAGUAACAGUUAUUUGUAAUCAGAUUACAUGUAACUGCCUACAUGUAAUAAGUUCCUCCCCAACCCUGAAUAUUUCCCACGUCUUAUCAAAUAAAUGGUUUUGUAGAAAAGACAGUUAACAUGGAGACUAGCAUGUAUGCUGAUAAGAGGUGUUUUGCUGCAAGACAGUGUCAAGGUUAAAGCUAAUCAUUAAAUGACUUUACUUUGUUUCAGGUGGCGUUGCUGCGAGCUCAUGCUGGAGAGCAUCUUCUGCUUGGAGUUGCAAAGAGGUCUAUGUUGUACAAGGACAUCCUGCUGUUAGGUAAAGUCAAGAUAACAUCUUAGCUACAGUACAUCACAUAUGUCAUAUAAUAGACUAGUUAUAAUAGUCAUAAUAGUUUAUGCUAGCAAUUAUAUAUGAUACUUGUUUGGGGGGGGGGGGAUGAUCAAACACAGAGUGAUCCUGCCCUACAAGACAGUUAUUUGUUUAUGUUCUUUAUAGGAAACGACCACAUUAUUCCCCGGAACUGCCCAGAGUUGGAAGUGAGCCGGGUAGCAGUGAGGAUUCUGGACGAGCUAGUGCUGUCCUUCCAGGAGCACCAGAUAGACGACAAUGAAUACGCUUGUUUGAAGGCCAUUGUUUUCUUCGAUCCAGGUACUACAUGAAACACAACAUCACUUUUAAAAUAAACAGACUAUCAUCACAUUCAAAGUGAGACAUCAUAUGACACAUUCUAGGGCAGUAACGUUUGUGUUGCAAAAUAAAAAUUAUGUUACCCGUGAGUAACAAAACUAUUGACUAGAAAUGGUUGUUCUAUGAGCAAUAUGACCAGGCAGUGAGUGACCAAGCUAUUGACCAAACACCUACUCUCUCCUGCUCCAGAUGCCAAAGGUCUGAGUGACCCCAGUAAGAUCAAGCGGAUGCGUUACCAGGUUCAGGUCAGCCUAGAGGACUACAUCAACGACCGGCAGUAUGACUCCCGGGGACGCUUCGGAGAGUUGCUCCUGCUGCUGCCUACACUACAGAGCAUCACCUGGCAGAUGAUCGAACAGAUACAGUUUGUCAAGCUAUUUGGGAUGGCCAAGAUUGACAACCUGCUCCAAGAGAUGCUCUUAGGAGGUUAGCCUUCUUGAUAUUGUUACUAAGAAAGAAAAAUUCUAAAUCUAUGGCCAAAAGUAAUGCCAAAAUAAUUGAGUACAAACAAGUUUCCAUGAGUUCUAUUGGCUAAAGAAGUUUACACUCUUCAAUAGGAUAAAAUGCUAGUUGGUUAUCAUACUGUAUUACCAAUGGACAGUGUCACAGUGAAUGAGGAAACUAACUGUUUGUGGUAUUUUUGUAUGUUGCGUGGUUUUCCUCAGGUUCUGCAAACGAGGCACCUCACACACCUCACUCUCUGCAUCCACAUCUGGUUCAGGAACACCUCAGCAACAAUGUCAUCGUGGCCAGCAAUAUGGCUACUCCCAUCCAUAACGGCCAAAUCUGUGAGUACCAAUAACAUCAUAUGCCUCACUCUAAAUGUCCAACUCUGAGGGCAGGUUCCCCAAAAACAGAUUAAGCCUAGUCCUGGACUCAAAAGCACUGAAAGUUGUGUCCGGGACACCGACCACAAAAUGUACCUAAAAAUGCUUGAGACUCUCAACGAACGAUGGGCUCAGUGGCAUCAAUCCACUCCCAUUUGCAACAGAGUCAGGUAGUUGGAAGGACAAACAAGCUUGGCAGAAUAAUCCACUAAAUUCUUCAGAGAGACUAAUCAGGCUUACUUUGUCAAAGAAAACGUCUGUUAUUUUUUCUUAACAUUUUUAAUGCCCUCAGAAAUUUCACAAAAGUGCUUAUUCCUUGUCUGAAAAAAAAAGUGUUUUCUUUCCAAGUAAUGUCAUGCCACAAGGUAAAUAUGCUGCUUUGUUGUGUACCUGACUGACUGUGUAGUUUAGUGAAUUCCUCCAAUAACUGAUUCUUUCCGGUUUGUUGCAGCCACUCCUGAAACCCCAAUUCCCUCUCCUCCCACAGCCUCCAGCUCAGAACACUAUAAGAUGGCUCAAGGGGUUAUAGCCACUGUGCCCAAGCAAUCUAGCUCCAUCCCUCUGCCAACCAUCACCAAACAAGAAGCCAUCUAACACAGAACUGGACCCCACAAACCCCAUCCAACAAAGCAUUCACAAUUUCAAAAUCUUCACUAGUAUCUCUGUUUCUUUAUACAUACUCAGUAUAAAGGUGAAAAACAAUUCAGAUGUGAGAAAUACGUAUUCUCAACUAAUCUCAGGAGUGUACUGUACAGUUGGGAUACAUUAGUCAACUGACCCCCACCAGAGGUACAUAGGCCUACUUAUAUUAUUGCAUGUACAAUGUAGUAUCAAGCAGACUAGAGAUGAGAGCGACAUUGUCAUGUUUUUAAAUAAUGUAAUUAUGUGACAGACAUAGCUAUAUAAUAGGUAGUCAAUUGGUUCAGAUUUCUUUCUUUUUUUUUAUUCUUUUUUUUUUAUAGUUCUCUUCAACUUGCUGUAUGACAGUUGUGUUUCAUUGAAAUCCAGGUUUAAUAUGUCCCUGUCUAUAUGUUUUAGAAAUCGCUAUUUAGUUCUGUAGUAACAUGCUUAAAGGUUUGAAUUAAAACAGCUCAGUCCAUUUAAUACUGUAUACUUUCUGUGGAGCCACUUUAUAAAAGCUUAAGGCAUUCACAAGUUGAGGAAUUCACAAUGUUUUCCAAUUUCAAAUAAAUGCAUUGCAUUGGUGUUUAGAUAUAACAAAUAUUUACAGUUUUACUGUAAAGACAUGCUAGUGUAUUUUGUUUGACCAUAGAAUCCUUUUGUGUAAUGGUAUUAUAACUACUAAAUGACUGAAUAAACUGCCUUUCAUUGAAUACUGCCUUACACUGGAAAGAUUGGCAAUAUGUUUCACCUUACAAUGUGAAGAUGAAUAAAAUGUCAAUGUUUAUUUUUACA